AUGGGGUUUUCGAAAAAAUCUCAAUUAGACGGAGGUUUAGACUCCGAUGGGAAGAAAUGGGUUAUCGCCGGAAUUUCGAUUCGGGCUUCGUUGAAACCGGUGAAGACGAAACUCAGAGCGCCGGAGAUUGGAACCGAAGUUGAAGAAAAUUGUUACAAUGAAGAACGUUCGACGACUCCGACGGCGAGUGAAGCGAAGAUACCGGAGAAACUGAAAUGUCCACCGGCGCCGAGGAAACGACGGCCGGCGUUAAAAUGUCGGAGUAACGCCGUUAAAGAGUUCUUUACGCCUCCUUCUGAUUUAGAGACGGUGUUUAUACGGCGCCGUUAA